AUGCUGUUUGACAUCGUACGAACGUCAACCAAAAAUCUGGUGGUUGUGCUGACCCCAGAACUAUUGUCCAGAAGCUGGUGUGCCGGAGAAAUUGUGACUGCCUGGAAGAAUGGGAUCGCCACUCUACCGUUGGUCUGUGAUGGUUUUGAACCACUCUCCGAUGAGGCACAAAAGCUAAUCCCAACACUCUGGACCCCUCACCAGAAGGUUCAGCUGGCAAGUUAUGGGGUGGAAAUGGAUGAUGUGAAUGCGGCAUACGGAUGGUUGCAGCAUGAGCUGACUUCUCUUCAGAUGCCCCGAUUUGGUCCAGUUUCUAGCCGCGAGGAUACCGUUGUGAAGCUGCUGAAUAUUUGCGGCGUGUCUUCCCAUGGGAGGCCAUCGAAUCUUUCACGACCUCGCAUUCUUAUCGUGAGCUCCUUGCUGGAAGCUGAGUUUCUAUCGACCUGCGAGGUCUUUCAGCACCUGCUGCAAGUUGAGCUGAAUGUUGAGUGUGCUGUUGUGCAUGGGAUGUACCAGAUGACAAGUUUCAAACGAUUCGCCUACUACCUGCUAGUUCUGCUUUUUCGGGGAAUCUUCCUGGAUCAAGACUUCAACAAGUUGCUGCUCUCCGCCUCCACAGCUUGUCCUGCUUCUCGGCGGACCUUGGAAAUGGUGCCAGUCAUUGCCGACGCCAAUUUUGAUUAUCCAGGCAUUGGUGGCUUGCUGAAGAACUGCGGCAGUCCUGGUGCUCACGAAGAGCAAGUUCUUCGAAACUUGCGCACGGUAUUGGCUUUGCCUUUUACACCGCUGGCAUCAGGAGGUUUGCAGCAGAGGCAGGUGGCGGAGAUUGCGUUGCGAUGCCACCGUUAUCAGGAUUCCGUUGCUGCGGCCUCAAGUGACGAGCGCGACGAUCAAUUGGUGGAUCCAGAUCGAGCUGACCCGGCCACAUUUGGUGCCGAAUGUGCAGAUAAAUUGGUGGAAGAACCUGAGGCGCUCGACCUUGGCCGUGUGUCUUCGGCUUCUGAAGUCUCUGAAGCAAUGGCGGAAGUUGCGUUUUAG